AUGUACUUUGUUGAAAACCUCCAAGUUUCGUCACCGCUGGUGCGGGCUGGCGCGAAGCGCCCCUCGCGUUUCGGGGUCCCCUCUGUUCGAGAGGCUCAAAUGCAGUCCGACCGUCAACUGACGUUGACUGGCCAGUCGAGCAGCUUGCCACCAACCGCGCAGUUAGCCAAGGACAGCCGCCGGCGCAUUCGAAACCCGGACCAGGGUCCUCCCGGACCUUUAGUCGCUCACAUGAUCGAACUGCCCGGCCUGACGGCGGGCGCGGUCUCGUCGGGCGGAUCCUGUGUAGCAUCAGCCGAUUUGGGCAGAUGUCAUCCGGAUCCUGGAAAAGUCUGGGCCCGCUAUGGACCUUUGCAGUCGGCCAGCGCCACUGCACUCUCAGGGCAUGUGGGAUGCCAAGAGGAGUCUCCUGUAGGGAGUCGCUCCUCUCACAUGGGGUCUGUUACCUUGGUCUCCAAAGUGGUCCGGCCUCAGCCUAACCUAUCCCGGCCAUGUCCUUCGGCCGAGGCGUAUAGCGGAACAACCCACAGUCAAAAAAUGCUCCCAGCCAAAUGGUAA